CUAAUAACCAACAAUAUCAUAUUUAAUAUAGGGUGACUGUACAGGACAGACUAGCUGAGGUAAACAGUGAAUAAGAGAGGAAGCGCGUGUUUGUGCCGGUGUGUGUGUGUGUGUGUUUUGAAGUUGGAGCUUUGUAGAGAGCUGAGCCCUCCCCGCAGCGCCACACUCUUUGCUGGGUGUGUGUGUGUGUGUGUGAGUGUGUGUGAGAGAGGGAGAGAGAGAGAGAGAGAGCCGGAGUGAACAUGGCGGAGCGGAGCGGGAUGCGUUCAAGCGCCGAAGGAAAGUUGCAGUUUUCCCCCGAGCCCGCGUCGCUGUAUCUGCUGUGAUCGCGGAUGUUGACGCGGUGAAGCCUCGUCAGCACUUCCCAUAAGAGCAAAGAUUUCUACAGAGAUGAAGGCAAAUGAAGGCAACUGUACCUAACUAUUGCUGCAUAUGGUUUCUGGAAGGCGCUGUGCAUCCUUAGCUUCUUCAAUGUAUCUAUUGUUCAAACAGACGAAUGACCCACCAAAGGAACAUAGAUGAAAAAGAAACAUACAUCCCAUGGACUGAUCUGUCGACAUCUGGAGCCUGGGGCAUUUUCAUAAACCUGCUUUCUGUAUCCAGAGAAAAAGAAAGGAGGAGCGGCGAGCCUGUCGCUAGCAAUGGGUGCCAUGGUCACCUAGAUGCAAUGGCUGUGUCUUAGGCCAACUCUGGUUGUUCCUCUUCCUCAAGAUCUUUGGGUGCUUUCCCUGCAAUCCUGGCCCUGCUAGCCAUGGCUGGUGUGAGGAAGUUGACUCGUGCUGUGCGCCAGCAGGGCCUCCACCGCCUGGUUCUGGCUCUUAUCCUCUUCUGCCUGCUUUCCAUGGCCUACCUGGCCUACCAUGUCAGUGGUGGCCCUAAGAUCAAGGAAGCUCCUCCUUUGCCACUGGGGGAAUGUGUGACUGCGGCUCCCAUCGCUGCUAGCCAGCGGGUUCCUCUGUUCCCGCCCUCUGAGCUGAGUCAUCGGUGGCAGGCAUCAAGGAAGCUAGACACUACACGCAUUGAGCCUGUGGUGCUGCUGUUCAUAGAGAGCAUUUACUCCCAGCUGGGCCAGGAGAUUGUGGCCAUCUUGGAGUCUAGCCGCUUUAGGUACCACACUGAAAUAGCUCCGGGUAAAGGUGAUAUGCCUGCGUUAGCCUGGCGGGGCAAAGGCCGCUACGCUUUAAUCAUCUAUGAAAAUCUGCUCAAGUAUGUCAACCUGGACUCCUGGAACCGGCAGCUGUUGGAUAAGUACUGCCAAGACUAUGGCGUGGGUAUCAUUGGUUUCUACCGUGCCAAUGAAAACUCUCCAUCCAGCGCCCAGCUUAGAGGAUUCCCACUUUUCCUUCGCUCCAACCUUCCGCUGUGGGACUAUCGGAUCAACCCGGCUGCUCCACUACUCUACAUCACCCGGCCCAGUGAACUAGAACCCGGCCCACUCCCUGCUGACAACUGGACCACCUUCUUGUCGAACCACAGCACCUACGAGCCUGUACUGCUGGCCAGCCCCAGGCCUGCUGAGCUGUCAACACAUUCCAUUCUGCAGAGGGUGCUGUUAGCUACUGUGAUACAAGACCUGGGUCUUCACGACGGGAUCCAGCGUGUGCUCUUCGGUGCAAGUCUGUCCUUCUGGCUGCACAAACUGCUGUUCGUGGACGCAGUUGGCUAUUUGACAGGCAGGAGGCUCAGCCUAUCACUGGACAGAUUCCUACUUGUAGAUGUGGAUGAUAUCUUUGUUGGGAAGGAAGGGACACGCAUGAAGGUGGCUGAUGUGGAGGCUCUGCUUCAUACCCAGACCAAACUCCGUGCUCUAGUCCCCAAUUUCACAUUCAACCUGGGCUUCUCCGGAAAGUUCUUCCAUACGGGUACAGAUGAGGAGGAUGAAGGCGACAACACCUUGCUCAGACACAGGCAGGACUUCUGGUGGUUUCCUCACAUGUGGAGCCACAUGCAGCCACACCUCUUUCAUAACGUCAGUGUGCUUGCAGAUCAGAUGAGACUCAACAAGCAGUUCGCUCAGGAACAUGGCAUCCCCACUGACAUGGGUUAUGCUGUGGCCCCUCACCACUCGGGUGUUUACCCAGUACACAGCCAGCUGUACCAGGCCUGGAAGAGUGUGUGGAGCAUUUCAGUGACCAGUACAGAGGAGUAUCCUCACCUCAGACCUGCCCGCUUCCGCAGGGGCUUCAUUCACAGCGGCAUAAAGGUUCUCCCACGGCAGACAUGUGGGCUCUUCACACACACUAUCUUCUAUAAAGAUUACCCAGGAGGCCCUCAGGAACUGGACAAAAGCAUCCGGGGUGGAGAGCUGUUCCUUACUGUGCUUCUCAAUCCGGUCAGUAUUUUCAUGACCCACCUGUCUAAUUAUGGUAACGAUCGCCUGGGUCUGUACACUUUUGAGUCCCUGGUGAAGUUUGUGCAGUGCUGGACUCGUCUGCGCUUACAGACCCUGCCACCGGUGCGCCUGGCUGAGAAAUACUUCCACAUCUUCCCUGAUGAGAGAGACCCCCUGUGGCAGAAUCCUUGUCAUGAUAAGAGGCAUAAAGACAUCUGGUCGAAAGAAAAGACAUGUGAUAGGCUGCCCAAGUUUCUGGUUAUUGGGCCUCAGAAAACAGGGUCAACUGCUCUACAUGCGUUCCUUUCCCUCCAUCCUGCCAUCACUGCCAGUUCAUUCAGCCCUGUCACCUUUGAGGAGGUGCAGUUCUUUAGUGGUCCACACUACCUGCGUGGAAUUGAUUGGUACAUGGACUUUUUCCCAGUGCCCUCUAAUGUGAGCACAGACUUUCUAUUUGAGAAGAGUGCUAAUUACUUUGACACCGAGGCUGUCCCAAAGAGAGCCGCAGCACUGCUGCCCAGAGCCAAAAUCAUAACCAUCCUCAUCAACCCAGCUGACAGAGCGUACUCCUGGUACCAGCAUCAGAGGGCUCACCAGGAUCCCGUGGCUCUGAACUACACAUUCCAGCAGGUGAUCUCUGCAGGUUCUUCCUCUCCUGCAGCUCUGCUCACUCUGCACCGCCGCUGCCUGCAGCCGGGAUACUACAGCAGCCAUUUAGAGCGCUGGCUCCAUUACUACCAGCCCAGUCAGCUUUUGAUUGUUGAUGGACUCAUGUUGCGGUCCAAGCCAGUGCAGGUGAUGGACAGCGUGCAGAAGUUUCUGGGUGUUACACCCUUCUUCAACUAUACUCAGGCACUCACGUUUGAUGAGAGUAAAGGCUUCUGGUGUCAGAGACUGGAUGCAGGCCGAACGCGUUGCCUGGGCAAGAGCAAAGGCAGGAAAUACCCCGACAUGAGCCCAGAGUCGCGGGCCUUUCUGUCGGAGCAUUACAGAGAGCAGAAUGUGGAGCUGUUGAGGCUGUUGAAGCGCUUGGGACAGCCUCUGCCCAGCUGGCUCCGAGAUGAUCUCCACAACGCCAGCUGGAGCUGACACCAAGAAGCACGAUGAGGAUUAGAAGCCCAUAUCGAACCCUGCUCCACCCCGGAGCACACAGGGCCGCGCCACUGCAGGACAGAGGACAUUUGAUUCUCCCCGCGUCCCAACACACACACUGCAGGUCCAACCAGGACAAGUGGACGCCUGCCAUGUGUCUGAGAGCUCGGCUUUAAAGGGAGCUGAGAAACAGAGUUUGUACAUUUUGAGGAGGACAGUACACCUAUUUAAUUGCCAAGAUAAGGACAUAAGAGCUAGUUAGUUGCAUUUUGGAUAACUGACAGAGGAGCUCAUUAUUUGCAUUGUGGGAAAUUGUGUUUCACAAUGUAUCCUUUAGCUAAUGAGUUAAAUGCACAGGGUCUCAGAAAGGUUAGAAACACUUAGGUAAGUGGAUGUGAAGGGCUGGUCACAGUGAACUUUUUAAAUUCUGCCAAGCAGAGAAGUAUUUGAGUAUGUGUCACCUAAGAUUUCAGACGUUUGCUGAUGUUUAAAAUUAUCUCGAUUUGUAAAUGUCAGAAUUAGAUUCUGGCUGUUUCACAACCAGCUUCAUACCACUGAACUAAAACAUUCCAGGGCCAGAGCAUAUGGCCAUUGCACUUUCAACAUGUUUUUAUAUUGGAUUUUCAAAAGAAAUGAAGAGCGGAAUGUUUGUCUGUUGAGUUUUGGGAUCAAUGAUUGGCUAGCAUGCUUCCCAGACUGAUAGGUCACAGGCAGCUGCACUACCAACUUAAUCAGCACAUGAACGUGUAUGAAGAACAUGGAACCCGUGCUGAUGACCAGAUAUGGUUUUGUUCCAGUGUUUAAUGUAAUGAGGUCAGCAGUGUUUCCGACAUGACUUGCCAUCUCUAACUGUGCCAAACUAAACUGCUGGGCUCAAAUGAGGUAACUUUGCCAAAAACCAGAUGUGUUGUGUCUGAGAGACUUGCCAAUGAGGGAGUAAGGUUGUGUGUAUGUGUGUAUGAUUGUGUUUGUGCAUAUAAGUGAAAAAGUUAGUUCCAGUGGCUGUACUGUACAUCAACACUAGUAUAUUCUGUUGUCUUCUUUGGUCAACUUGAAAUCAGGUAAAAACGCACAUCUGCAAAUAAAUGCACACGAUAAAGGCA